AUGACUCGACGUCUGAAGCACCAGGUUGACACUGUUAUUGUUGGGAGUGGUCCUUCCGCCCUGAUUCUAUCAUAUAUCCUGCAUGGAAACAUACCCGUGUACGAUCUCGAGUCGCCUCAUCCAGAUCCUAUUCUUCAUGCCAAGCUCAAACAGAACGUCGAUAUAUUGACGGCCGACGUCGAUCAUCUCACCGAGCACUUCUACGCAUCACGAUUCUCCUACUCCACACAGGCCCUGUUAGUCAAUGUAUUGCUUGACACUUUGAUCCGACCAUACGGCGAGACCGACGAAACACGAAGAACUACGUGCGUCAAAUGGAUCAAAGAUCCUGCCCGGAGUGUCCCACAUCUUGUCGCUGGUCAAGCAAAGCAAACAGGAGGACAAUGGGCUGAGAAUCCCGUCAAAGCGAGUUGGGACAUUGACGCCCUCAGCUAUGCUGGUAUGCUGUCUCUGCCCGGCUACAGCUUUGAAGACUACUACUUUGACACACAUGGCGAGCCCGCACCAUUCUACCUUCGACCAACGAGGCGAGACGUUGCCAGCUACCUCGCACGAUACCCGUACAGAGUCGGCAUAGCGGACGCCAUCUGCUCCAACGCCACGAUCUCUGGCAUUUCGCGAACACGCGAUGGAUUUUACAUUGCCUCGCAUGACAUGGUCUGCAAACACCUGGUCCUUGCUUCUGGCACCUUCACAAACCUCAUGCCACCUCGUCCGCUGUUGCAACCACUUCUCGAAUUAAAUCAGGACGAGCACACUUCAAGACCAAUCCUCGUCAUUGGUUCUGGUUUCAGCGCAGCAGAUGUGGUGCUGUCUACGCCUGGCGAUCAGAGCAUCAUUCACAUCUAUAAAUGGUCCCCCAAAACGAACCCGUCUCCCCUUCGAGCUUGUCAUGAGCAAGCCUAUCCUGAGUAUGCUGGUGUUUAUAGAAAAAUGAAGUCUGCUGCCAUGGCUUCUAGGAGAACAAAAGCCUCGAGGCGACCUGACGUGCAUCGAACUCUCUCACAGCUGGACUCGUCUCGAGACUGGAGUGCAAGCUAUGAGGGUCUUCCUAAUACUGCCAUUGUCGAUGUCGAAAUGCACGACAACUAUGCCACCGUCACACUACAGGCCGGUCAGAAUCCACCUUUUCAACGACAAAUUGGCUCUUUCGCAUACGUGGUAGGUAGACGUGGCUCCCUCGACUACCUAAAUCCUGACCUGAGGCAAGAGGUUCUGGAGGACGAUACUCAACUUCAUGAUAUUACAGGUCAGACUCUACGAGAUAGAGUCAGCGAAGAGCUCGAAAUUGCUCCCAAUGUAUUCGUUACUGGCAGUCUAACAGGCGAUUCACUGAUAAGAUUCGCCUUCGGAGCUUGUGCUUAUGCCGCUGGCAGAGUCAUGGUAGACCAAAAACAGCACUACAGUGGACAGGAGGCGAUUCCACACUUGUGGAAGGCUCAGACAAGAGACUGGCGUCCUUUUGUACCCACAAUGCACGGGCUGCAAGGCCAUGGAAUCUCAGGGUUUCAAGUUCCUUUAGACAGGCGGAAGAGCGAGAUUUGUGUCGAGGGUUACUAA